GGGUCGGUGGGAGAGGCGCGGCCUCGGAGGGGCGGGAAGGCGUAAGCGGAGGCCGCCGGGGCCUUUUGCGAGGCGUCGGCUCUGGCAACUGCGAGCUGAGGGGGGGCGUGCAGGGGAGCGGCGCGGGAGCGCGGGACCGGCCCCGGUGACCCCUCGGAGCGGGGGCGGGGGGGCGCCGCUCCUCCCACCGUCCCGUGAGGCGGCGCGUGCUCUCCCUGCAGCACCGGCGCCGGUACCGCGGGCCGAGGGUCCGGCCGUGCCCAGGGGCCGUGGCAGCCGAUGCCCCCCGCGCUGUGGCGCUCAGCGGAGCCGGGAUGGAUGCGGGCGAGCGCCGAGGCGGCAGCGCUGAGCACGGCGCGGGUCGGGCCGCAGCUGCCUGGGCUGGGGCCGGGGGAGAAGCGGCGGCGGCGGCAGCGCCCGGGGGUGCUGCGAGCGCUCGAUGCGCGGCGUGCGCGGGAAGCGGCCCCGGCGAGACUGAGCUGCACAGCCCCGAGUCCAGCGGCGACUCGACCGCCGGCAAAGCCAACAGUGAGCAGCUCAAUUGGAGCCAGUCCCACAAAGAUAUGAUGAUGAUGAUCCAAGAAAUGAAAAGGUGUUUGCCUGAAGAGAAAAGGAAUUCCAAUAAGCCCAGUACUAUCAGUGCUCUCAACUAUGCCUUGCAGUGUGUCCAGCAGGUCCAAGCAAACAAUGACUUUUUCCAGGCUCUGAAUGACCGAAGAGUGUUUCAGACAGAUGUGGUGACAUACAGCAUARAAGAGUUGGUGGCAGUUGCAUCUGAACACACUCCAAAAAACACUGACACAUUUGUGGCUGUAUUUUCUUUGCUGUCUGGACGCAUAGUACAUAUUUCUGAGCAGGCAGCAUCUAUUCUGAACUGUAAGAAAAAAGUGUUGGACUCUUGCCGGUUUGUGGAGUUGCUUGUCCCUCAGGAUGUGAGUGUGUUCUACACACACACUGAUCAGUCUCACCUGCCCCUUUGGAACAUGGAAAGUCAAACAGCUUCUCCAUAUGAAUAUGCCCAGGUGAAGUCCUUUUUCUGCAGGAUCAGGGGUGGCAAAGAUCAAGAACAAGAAGCACGUUGUUACCCCUUCCGAAUCACCCCGUACUUGGUCCAUGUGUGYACUUCUGUCCGUGUGGAUGCAGAGUCCUGCUGCUUAGCUUUGGCUGAGAAAAUCCACUCUGGAUAUGAAGCUCCUCGAAUUCCUAUGGAUAAAAGAAUAUUCACCACCACACACACCCCUGGAUGUGUUUUUCUGGACAUAGAUGACAGAGCAGUGCCUUUGUUGGGUUAUUUACCUCAGGAUUUAAUUGGAACAUCCAUACUGAUGUAUUUGCACCCAGAGGAUCGUCCUUUGAUGAUCACUAUUCACCGGAAAAUACUGAAAUUUGCUGGGCAGCCUCCUUUUGAGCAUUUACCUAUUAGAUUUUGUACUCAAAACGGAGAUUAUGUCAUACUGGACACCAGCUGGUCCAGUUUUGUGAAUCCUUGGAGCAGAAAAGUUGUGUUCAUCAUUGGCCGACACAAAGUCCGGACAGGCCCUGUGAAUGAAGAUGUGUUUGCCCCAAGGAGUAAAGAAACGAGCAGUGUGGAGAAAGAGAUAAGAGAAUUGCAAGGACAAAUUUACAAACUGCUUCUGCAGCCAGUUCACAGCAAUGUUUCCAGUGGUUAUGGAAGCCUUGGAAGCAGUGGCUCUUAUGAGCAYUAUAUCAGCAUAGCAUCUUCAAGUGAUUCCAAUGGCAACUGUGCAGAGGAAAUACAGGAGCCGAUGACAUUGCAACAAGUUUGUGCAGAUGUCAACCGAAUAAAGAACCUGGGGCAGCAGCUGUACAUUGCAUCAAGGAGCAAGCCACAGAAUGGAAAUGAACAGGCUGUGAGCUCAGAAGUCCUGGCAGGGAGGAGGCACACUGCUUCCUGUUUCCUUCAGACACUGAGAGGUGAUAGCACAGAAGAGCCAGGCAAGACAUUUUAUGAUGAUCCAAAGAAGACUCCACAUGUUCCUUCCUAUCAGCAGAUCAAUUGUGUCGAUAGUAUYAUCAGAUAUCUAGAGAGCUGCAGUAUUCCAGCAUUGAAAAGGAAAUGUAAAUCUUCUGCAAAUACAUCAUCGUCAUCUUCAGAAGAUGGCAAACAAGUCCAGCGAAGUCAGCAGGAUGUCAGGGCACUGGAAGAUACUGCUAUGCUGUCAGCAGUUGAGUCCCACACGCCAAUAUCUGCUGGUCUGGAAGAGACGCUGAAAGACCAGACAACUGCAGGCAUGGUGGGAGCUCCUCUGGCAGACCUGACCCUGUCCAACAAGGCUCCAAGUGUCAUGUCUGCCACCAGCCAGUGCAGCUACAGCAGCACUAUAGUGCAUGUCCCACACCCUGAAUCAGUGACUACAAUGGAGGAUGCUGCUGGUGGAAGUGAACAAAUUGAGCUGCCUCCUGUGAAUACUCAGAGUGUUGCAGUGCUGCCUGAAGAUUUAAAGCCAGUUGGGCUAACAAAAGAGACAUUGUCAGCCCACACUCAAAAGGAGGAGCAGAACUACGUUGACAAGUUCMGACAGAGGGUCUUGCUCUCUCCAUUUAGGACUUACCUUCAACAAGGAAGCAGAAGUAACAACAGGCAUUCCUGUGGCCAAGGAGAUUCCCCUUCAAAGCAGAUGAGCCCAGCUGGCUGCAAAAAAGGAAAACAUGGAAAAUUCAAGCGCCAGAAACCUCAGAGACAGUGCUCAGAUAGCCACUCUUCUAGUAAAAAUACUAGUAAAAAUAGAAAUAGUCUUCCAUGUGAGAAGAGAACAAAUCAGAAACAGUUCUCUCCUUCAGAAGUGUCCUGUCUGAGCUCCUCCAGUCUGAAUGUCCAUCCUCCUGUGGGAUUUCCUGUCUAUUCGAAUCCAGUKUCUACUUUUCCAGCCUCUUCUGGAGGAGAGCAGCUUGCCCUUCGCUCAUUACAACCUCAGUCCAUGUCCUCRUCACAGCUAUGCUGUGGAACACAGUCAUACCCAAUCUUUUAYCCCCCAAACAUAGGCACAUUUAUGGCUGUGCUUUUUCAGGGUUUCCCCAUGUAUGCUCAGAUGCCUCAACAUGUCUUUCUCCCUAGCCCUCAGUGUGUUUAUCCCCCGUCUUCAUAUCUAUGCACCACACUACCUCCAGCACCUCCUCCUUGUGCUCCAUCACCAGUAGCACCACAAUCUGUCGAUCAGCCCUUCCCAGCCUCUCCUCACACAUCCGUGGAGGACCAGCAAGAGGGCCAAUGUGACCAGGCCCUGCUACUGAGCAGCUCACGGAGCAGCUCCCCACUUCAGCUGAAUUUGCUUCAAGAAGAGCUGCCAAAACCUAUGGAGCUUUCUGCUAGUGCUGAUGUUAAGCCACAUGCAGAAGAUAAAUGCGAUAAUGAUCCAGAAGAUAGUGGUAACGGUGCUGCUCUUGAAUUUCCUGACCGCUCRUUGUAUGAGGACUCACAGUUGGGUUCAGGUUCAGCAGCAUCAGGCAGUGGAUCAGCUUUAACUGGUUCUUUAGUCUCUAGCUUCAACGAGACUUCUGGGCAUGGCACAGCAGGUAGUGGGAAAAGCAGCAAGUAUUUUGCCAGUAAUUGUUCUUCUGMAACUUCCAAAGAAAAGAAGAAUCAGGAAGCAGAAGAAAAAGGGACAGCUUAUAAAUCGAAACAUGAGUCAGCCUGGGUGAUGAUGGAUCACACACCUGAGCGAGCUCUAAUGAAUUACCAAAUGCCAAACAGAAUCAAAGAGGAAGUUCUAAAGCAGGAUCUGGAGAAGCUGGCAGUCAUGCAAAAGCAGCAGCCUUGGUUUACAGACGGGCAGAAGAAGGAGCUUGCAGAGGUGCACACGUGGAUCCGGACCCAGACUGUCCCCCUGCAAAUCAGCACCCAGGGCUGUGUUACGUGUGACAGCAGGGAAGCAAGCUGUGAGGCUGCAGUAGCUGAUGACAGCAUGGAAAACAAGGGAGAAGCCCCUCCAGUCCUGCAGCGCUGAGGACAUCAGUGUCAGUUCAACUGCUUGGUGUAAUUCCCAUCCUCUUUCCCUCUGGCUUUGCUCCAUACCAGCAGUGACUCCACAUGGCCAUCUCUUACCAACAUGAGCAGUGACACCUGAAACUCAACCUUCCUCCAUUGCACCUCUGCUCCUGGCAUGACUCUGGAGACAAUCUUUCAGUGGGAGGGUGUUUCRCUUUCUGACCUCACAGACUUGACACAGAAUGAGUUAUUUUGUAACCUUUAAYUGCUCAAUGAUGAGCAAAAUACAAAGAUUAUUUUGGUUUGGGUGUUUGUUUUUUUGAAGUUGGCAAGUCUGGAAAGAUGCACUGUUUAAACCUAUGGUGAUGAACCUAUUGAUCAGAGCAUGUUUACUCUCCAAGUAAGGUGGAUGUGUUGAAACCAAGCUACAACAGAGUACUCUUUAUUUUUGUUCAAUAUUUAAAGGUCUAGACUAAAGAUCCAAAUACUCUGGGGCUCUGAAAUUGCUGUAGCUGGUUUGAGAAUCCAAUAGGCUUUAUAAAGAGCAGCUGAAACUGGCCAGGUUAUUCUGCAUCAAAUGCCUUUUGCCAGCUUGUGCCCAUUGGAAAUAAUUAACUUCUCCCUUUUUUCUUUUUGAUGCAUGUUUUGGAGUAAUGUUUCACAGCUUUUGAUUUUAAAGCUGUGUUUAUCAAUACAGAUAUAGAAAUUAAUUGAGGAAAUCCAUCAGAGAUGAAAUUACAUACAGCAAUCAAAAAGACARCCAACCCAAAAGUAUCAAUCUACAGGUUCUGCUUUUUUAAAACAGACCCAUGGAAAAUUUUCUCUAUCAAGGCAAGUAGUUAUCAAUUAAAGUCGUUACAUGUAAUCUUUUAUCUUAUAUUGCUACUGCUUGGGAAGGUGGGUUUGUAUCUUAAUGUUAUUGAGUGGAUAGAGGAGUUGAAUCCAGACAUAGCAAAUAGGAAAUUAUUUAAACCAUUUCUCUGAUUUGUUUUUGUCGUGGUGAUGCCAAAACUAAAAAGAAUUAAUUCCAUUUCUUCUGCUUUCAAAACUCACUUGUGGAGCCAAACUUGAACAUCAAACCACUUACUAAUUUCUUAGCUCUGUUGACUUCCUUCACAAAAUUAAACGUCUUUCUUCGUAAUGGAGUCUCUGGCUAUUGAAAUCCAUGGAUGAAAAAGGAGUUUGUGGUUCAGAAAGUGGCAACCAUUUUUGGUAUGUAAAAGGACUUGUUCUCAUGAAUGUCUCAAAGUGCUCUUCAAACAGGACACGCUUGGCUAAAACCUGGCAAAUUUUGUUUGAUUUCCCCUGUUUAUCUAAAGCUGSAUGUAAUCAGAUUUUCCUUGUGGUGUUAUUAAUCAUAUUAGCUUUCUCAACAAAGAGUUUCAGAAUGUAACACAUUAUUUACCAUUUUGUUCUGUGUAAUUCUKCUGCUGCUGUGUGAAAUAUUUUCAKUUCUCUARUUYCUGUUACUAGUAAGCUUCAAGUUGUUAAGUUAAAAAUACUGUGGUCUGCUGGUCAUUGAAGGUCAUACAGGUCAUUGUAUUUGUCUAAAUAUUUCUUUAUUUGUAAAAGUCAAUCCAGUGACAAUCUUUCUUGUUAAAAUUUAUUUUAAGGAAAGUUAUUUUUACAGAAUUUUGAGUUUUCAAGGCUGAUUUGACUCACGCAGCCUUCUUUUUAUGGUUUUGGGUUUUGCAGUAUUUUUGCCUGCCCAGUGUAUAUCUAUUGGUUUCUAUUUAUUCUUAAGCUGCAUUUUUGUCCUUCAGUUUUUUCAGCUUCAACUUGUUUUCUUUCUUGUGUUGUAAAUCAGCAGAGGUCCACACAUCCUCAGUACUGCUUGUGUUCAAACUUCAAACACCUCUUAAAAGAAGAGACUUCAGUAGGUGUUUACUUGCAGCAGGUUAUGUAUUCAAUAGGAAGAUGUGGGCAAUAUCUURCACCUUUCCUAGACUUUUUACAGCAUUUUCCAAAUAUGGUAUUCUGCUUUAUAACCACACUGCCUAAAAUAUUUGCUCUGAAUCAUGUAAUAAGAAUACUUUGUGUAUAGGUUCUUUCUUGAUUGGGAAGCUKCUUGAUUAACUUAUCUGUCAAAUUAGACUUAUGCACUAGAAUCCAUUCUACUUGGCUGUGCUUAAAUUAAAAUGAUUGCUUCAAUGCAUUUUGAGACUUAGUGAAAUAGAUUAAAUUGAAUAUUUCAGGUAAGGACAGCUGUCGUCUUCAAAAUAGUUUGGAAUUCUAAGCCAGAAGGAAAGUUGAGGUAACAGUGAACUCUUCAGUGUACAUUAUUUUCAUUUCCUAAGUUUGAAAGUGUUCAUUUCCCAAGUAUGAAAAUGAGUUGAAUUGCAGUGUCUUAGCAGGCAGACAUGGCAUCUCUUUUGUGAAACAGUGAGACUUAGCUGAGGAGAAUGGCAAUAUGUACCAAACAUUUGAAUAAUGCUUUUCAUCUAUAGGUCUGUGAACAUGUCAGAAAGRUGACUAUUAUUCUCCCAGUUGUAUAAAAAGAGGCAGAGACACGAAGGUGCAUACCCCCACGUCAUUCUAAAUUCAGGAGUAAAAUUUGGGAAUCUYCACUUGCUGUAUCCUGUCUUUGCUACAAGUGAUCAAGGUUGAUGUGUUUUAGAAACCUGAUAAUAUUACCAGUGUUUCUUUUUUGGAGAUGUUAAGCCUUCUUGUACCCCCCACUGCUGUGAAAUUGUGCCCAGUAGAGUCAUCAAGCAAGAGAAAGCCCAGACCAGGCAGUUUUUGAAUUGCUGUGAAUACCACAGACCCCUCUGGUCACAGAUGAUGAACAUUCAUGUGCCUAGGAGUUUGAACUCCAAGUUUGUAAUCCUGGCUAAAUCUGAGGUGCAGGAUCCCUUGUCUGGGACUACACAAGUCCUGGGCUAUGGAAAAAAAAUUUGCUGUGGGAGAAGAACAUAAGAGCAGUGAAGAGAUGAAUCAGUGCUCUGUGUUAUGAUGAGACAACUAUUUGCCCAAAAAUCAAAUGGUCUUGGCUGCAAAAUCAGGCUUAAGAUUAAAAAAACCCCAAACUUCCCCAAGGUACUCUUUACCAUGUUAGAACCACAACUUCAUCUUGCAAUGAAAUGCCUUAUCGAGUCUUUGACCUCAUUUCCAUAAGUUUGCAGGAACUGGCAGUUUUUACUUCAGCUUGUACCAAUAUUUCAGUCCUUGUAGUGUGCUGGAGUGAUGACAGCAAGAUGCAGUUCUGCUCAGAAAGGCCAAUGGAGUAAGUGUUGCAGCCAGAUUUGCAGCUGCUGUUUUAUUUCUGUGGCUUUGUUUUGCCUGGCAAAAUGUUGCAGACAGUUUAGAGCUGCUUGGAAGGUUUAAAUUUCACUUAUUUGGUGAUCAGAGGGAAAACAUGCUGGUACAGCACUGAUGCAGUUACUGCCCCCUGUGGGGGUGUCAGCAGUUUGGAAACCCUUGGAGGAUUUCGCUGGCGAUUUUUUUUUUGUUGUUGUUGUAUUCAUAAAUGUAGAAUUAUGUUUUUAAAAGAUGAGUUGAUGUGCAGAUAUUUUCAUGGCAUUGCUAUGAACAGAAGGGACCCUCAUKUGUUUUUACAGUGUGGUAAAUACUUGCUGAAUGAGUAAUGUAUUGGUAAGUUUAUCUUCCAGCUGAAUCAAGUUUUGAAUCACAAUUGAAUGAAUUUUUACAUCAGUUGCUAGGAGUAUUUUAUUGAAAUAGUAUUCAGCUGUGGUUGAAUUUACAGUUGUGAUUUUAACUGUACACUUUAAAGGAGCAUCUGAUUUUAUAAAUAAAACUGAAAAAUAUGCUGCAAAGAACUGUUUCAAAUGUGUGUUU